UGUAAACAUGUCAGCGGCAUUUGAUAACAGCGAGCAUCAGAAUGAAAAUUAUUGCGUCGUUUUGGCUAGUAGACCAGGUGUGAACAAUCCACCUGAAGAUGAAAAUUUUUCCUGUGUGAUCUGCCCGAUGCCAGCAGUAGAAAAUCUCGGGGAGGAACAAGUUGUUGUGAAGACACUCUAUCUAUCUAUUGACCCAGCAUUGCGAUGCAGGAUGAAUGAGGAGACAGGGGUCGAAUACAUAACUGCUUGGGAAGUAAAUAAGUGCAUUUCAGGGUUGGGAGGAGUUGGUGUGGUCAUCCACUCUAGAAGCCAGGGAUUGACUACUGGAGAUGUGGUCAUCAAGUCUGACAUGUUUUGGCCAUGGCAGCGAUUCAGUACCAUGGAUGCAUCUGCAUUGUCAAAGGUGGAACAGAAAAUUGCCCACACCAGACCCUCAUUGGUUUUGAGCUUACUUGGAGUCUCUGGAAUCACCUCAUUUAUUGGCAUACGAAACAGAGGACACAUUUCGCCUGGCAAAAACCAGACUGUAGUCAUUACUUCGGCAGCUGGUGCGUGUGGGCAUUUGGCAGGACAGUUUGAAAACUCAGAUGGGCCGACCAAUGUAGUUGGGAAUUUGCGGCCACACAAAGAGAAAUGCUGCAAAUUUGAUCCUAGAUGA